CACUCACACACACACAGACUCUCGACACAAACGUUUGCGCGAAAGAAAAACGGCAGAAGAAAUUUAGCGGCGUCGGAAAAAAACCGUGGAAAAUCAAUAAUAACUAGCUGAAAAACUAAAUAAAAACGCAGCCAACAUGUCGAUCGGAGUACCCAUCAAAGUGCUGCACGAGGCCGAGGGCCACAUAAUCACUUGCGAGACAAUCACCGGCGAGGUGUACCGCGGCAAGCUCAUCGAAGCGGAGGACAACAUGAACUGCCAGAUGACCCAGAUCACGGUCACCUACCGCGACGGACGCACCGCCAACCUGGAGAACGUCUACAUCCGCGGCUCCAAGAUCCGCUUCCUCAUACUGCCCGACAUGCUCAAGAACGCCCCGAUGUUCAAGAAGCAGACGGGCAAGGGCCUCGGUGGGACGGCGGGCAGGGGCAAGGCGGCCAUUCUGCGCGCACAGGCUCGUGGCAGAGGAAGAGGCGGGCCGCCGGGCGGAGGAAGGGGCAGUGGCGGACCGCCAGGAGCACCAGGCGGCAGCGGCGGACGCGGAGCCUGGCAAGGAGGACCCACCGGCGGACGAGGACGCGGCGGCCUGUAGGAACCGCCUCCUGAACAACGCAUUUCUAAUCUCUAAGUUGCGGGCACUAUUUUAUUAGCGGGCGGGUUGAAUUAUCUCCAGAUUUUUUGUAAAGUGUUUACCAGGCAGGAGAGCCAAGAAUACAAAGAAACUUGAAUUUGAAAA